CUGAGCGAAGGAGUGAGCGGAGCUGCCGUCGCCCGAGCGGAGCUGAGCAGCCAGCCCGCCUGCCCGCCGCCCUCCAGCCCGCGCUCCAGUCCGCAGUGUCUAGCAGCGGGGCCCAGCAUGGUCAUGGCGGAUGGCCCGAGGCACUUGCAGCGCGGGCCGGUCCGGGUGGGGUUCUACGAAAUCGAGGGCACGCUGGGCAAAGGCAACUUCGCCGUGGUGAAGCUGGGGCGACACCGGAUCACCAGGACGGAGGUGGCGAUAAAAAUAAUAGAUAAGUCUCAGCUGGAUGCAGUGAACCUUGAGAAAAUCUACCGAGAAGUACAAAUAAUGAAAAUGUUAGACCACCCUCACAUAAUCAAACUUUAUCAGGUAAUGGAGACCAAAAGCAUGUUGUACCUUGUGACAGAAUAUGCCAAAAAUGGAGAAAUUUUUGACUACCUUGCUAAUCACGGCCGGUUAAAUGAGUCUGAGGCGAGGCGCAAAUUCUGGCAAAUCCUGUCUGCUGUUGAUUACUGUCACGGUCGGAAGAUUGUGCACCGUGACCUCAAGGCUGAAAAUCUCCUGCUGGAUAACAACAUGAAUAUCAAAAUAGCAGAUUUCGGUUUUGGAAAUUUCUUUAAAAGUGGUGAACUGCUGGCAACAUGGUGUGGCAGCCCCCCUUAUGCAGCCCCAGAAGUCUUUGAAGGGCAGCAGUAUGAAGGACCACAGCUGGAUAUUUGGAGCAUGGGAGUUGUUCUUUACGUCCUUGUCUGUGGAGCUCUACCUUUUGAUGGACCGACUCUUCCAAUUUUGAGGCAGAGAGUGUUAGAAGGAAGAUUCCGGAUUCCGUAUUUCAUGUCAGAAGAUUGUGAGCACCUUAUUCGAAGGAUGUUGGUCCUAGACCCGUCCAAACGGCUAACCAUAGCUCAAAUCAAGGAGCAUAAGUGGAUGCUCGUAGAAGUUCCUGUACAGAGACCUGUUCUCUAUCCACAAGGGCAAGAAAAUGAGCCAUCCAUUGGGGAGUUUAAUGAACAGGUUCUGCGAUUGAUGCACGGCCUUGGAAUAGAUCAACAGAAAACCAUUGAGGCUUUGCAGAACAAGAGCUAUAACCACUUUGCUGCCAUCUAUUACUUGUUGGUGGAGCGUCUGAAAUCACAUAGGAGCAGUUUUCCUGUGGAGCAGAGACUUGAUGCCCGCCAGCGUCGGCCUAGCACCAUCGCCGAACAAACAGUUGCCAAGACACAAACUGUGGGACUCCCAGUGACGGUGCAUUCACCAAACGUGCGAGUGAUGCGAUCUGCCCUCCUCCCACAGGCAUCCAAUGUGGACGCCUUCACGUUUCCAGCAUCCGGCUGUCAGGCGGAAGCAGCAUUCAUGGAGGAAGAGUGUGUCGACACUCCGAAGGUAAAUGGCUGUCUCCUGGACCCUGUGCCUCCCGUCCUGGCGAGGAAGGGGUGCCAGUCACUGCCCAGCGACGUGAUGGAGACCUCCAUUGAUGAAGGGCUGGAGACAGAAGGAGAGACCGAGGAAGACCCCGGGCGGGCCCUGGGCGCCUUGCAGUCCACACGCGGCGGGCAGAGGCGGCACACUCUGUCGGAAGUGACCAAUCAGCUGGCCGUGAUGCCUGGUUCAGGGAAAAUUUUCUCCGUGCGUGACAACCCCUCCCUUGACAGUGUGGACUCGGAGUAUGAUAUGGGGUCUGUUCAGAGGGACCUGCACUUUCUUGAGGACAAGCCUUCCCUUAAGGACAUCAUGUUAGCCCAUCAGCCCUCACCCCGCAUGACGUCUCCCUUCGUGAGCCUGAGACCUGCCAACCCCACCAUGCAGGCUCUGAGCUCCCAGAAACGAGAGGCCCACAACAGGUCUCCAGUGAGCUUCAGAGAGGGCCGCCGGGCGUCAGACACUUCCCUCACCCAAGGAAUUGUAGCGUUUAGACAACACCUUCAGAAUCUGGCUAGAACCAAAGGGAUCCUAGAGUUGAACAAAGUGCAGUUGCUCUAUGAGCAAAUAGGAUCAGAGGCAGACGCUAACCUGGCCUCACCUGCUCCUCAGCUCCAAGACCUGGGCAGCAGUUGCCCUCAGGAAGAAGCAGCUCCUCAGCAGAAGAGCGUGUCUGCGCUCCCGGGCAGCGCACACCCUCAGCUCUCCCAGCGGCACAGCCUGGAGGCCCAGUACCUGCAGCACAGACUCCAGAAGCCCAGCCUUCUGUCAAAAGCCCAGAACACCUGUCAGCUUUAUUGUAAAGAACCACCACGGAGCCUUGAACAGCAGCUGCAAGAACACAGACUCCAACAGAAGCGGCUCUUCCUCCAGAAACAGUCUCAGCUGCAGGCAUAUUUUAAUCAGAUGCAGAUAGCAGAGAGCUCGUACCCGCAGCCCCUUCCCCACCAGGAGACACCGCCGCCAUCCCAGCAGCCGCCGCCCUUCAGCCUGACCCAGCCCCUGAGCCCCGUCCUGGAGCCUGCCUCGGAGCAAAUGCAGUACAGCCCUUUCCUCAGCCAGUACCGGGAGAUGGGGCUGCAGCCGCUGUCCGCCUCGCCAGGUCCCCGGGCUGCUCCCCCGCCGCCACCGCCACCGCCACCGCAGCACUCAGGGGCCGCCCGGGCACCCUUACCGUUCUCCUAUCAGACUUGCGAGCUGCCAGGCGCGGCCUCCCCCGAGCCAGACCGCCCCGCUCCCUGUCAGUACUCCCUGGAUGGAGCCCAGCAGAGCGACAUGGCGGCGCCGGGCUGUCCCAGGAGCUCAGGACUGCAGGAGGCCCCCUCCAGCUACGACCCUUUAGCGCUCUCGGAGUUCCCUGGACUCUUUGAUUGUGAAAUGCUGGAAGCCGUGGACCCACAGCACAGUGGCUAUGUCCUGGUAAAUUAACCUCAGCGCAGGAAGUGAGGCGGGUCAGGUGAAGAGCGUGUGUAUUUCUAUUUUUAUUCCAGCCUUUUCAAUUUAAAACUUAUUUUCCCCCCCUCUCCCUGAUGGGGAAAAAGUCAAGUCACCCAACUGGAAUCAGAGGGCCUGGCCGGGUGGAUGUUGCUUCCUCCUGGCUCCGUCCCACCACGGUUUUCUGUGGCAAGUGCUGGAACAUAGUUGUAGGCUGCAGCUCGUGCCCUUAGGUCAAGUGGAGCAAACUCUCAUCAGAGGCACCAACAAAAGUUUUAUAAGAAGAAGACAUCCAGACCUAGGUUUUACACAGAACUACAUCAGUUCAUUAUCGAGGGAAACCUUGGCGAAAGCAGGAAAAAAUGUGUGCCGUUACAUAUAGGCAAAAAAAAAAAAAAGGCAAUACAUUUUUCACUGAAACCAAGCAACAGCAUGUUCCUUAAAGGCAAAUCAAGAAUACAUAAUGAAAUUUGAUGCACAGGAAAUGAAAGAAAGUUGUACUUUGUCAGUGAAUCAUAAGUUCUAAGCUGCUGAUGCAAUUUGUCCCCAGGCGGUAAGAGCGUGAGCUUUGUUUCAGGGUCCACUGAGCAGCAGCGGGGACGGACCCCUGAGACUGGCAGUCACCUCCAUCUGAGAGUAGGCGACACACCUCUUCAGAAGGUGCCCUGGGUCACAGAGUGUCACAGCGUCCUCGGAGCUCCAAAGGUGUCGCCUGUGGAACCAAGAGAUGCACCGCAGUGGAGACCAGGGGCAGGAAACUCAAGAAACCGUCAAGAGCAGCUGCCCUGGGCCGGGGAAGACGGGCUCUUCCUGCACAGUCUUCUGUGGAGACUUCUGGUUUGGGGCAGUUGGUCUUUAGAGGACCUAGCGUCUCUUUUAAAAUGUAAUAACUACUUUGACUUUACACUAGAUGUUGCUAGUCGUUUAUUGAGCUUUGUAUAUUUGGACAGUUUCAUAUAGGGCUUAGAAAUUUUAAGGACGAGAAAAAUGAACUUUUAUCUCCCAUGUGAAGUGGUAGUGCUGUGCCUUUUUCCCCCCAGAUCAUGCUUUAAUGAUUUCUUUUCUGUAGAAACCAACAGUUUUCCAUUUAUGUCGAUGCUAAAUCCAAAGUCACUUCAGAGUUUGUUUUCCACCAUGUGGGAAUCACAUCCUUAAUUUCCUUAGAGUUUUGACUUGCAAUGAAAUGUUCAAGUAUUACAGCAAUAUUCAAAAGACCACAGAUGUGUUAACCAUUUAAGCAGAUCGUCUGCCAAACACAGUGUAUAUUAUUAACCCUUACGAUCCAGU